AUGGGCGAGAAGAAGCGCAAGCUCGAGCAGAAUCCCCCCGAGGAUGUCGCGGUCGUUGAGCCCAAGGGAAAGAAGGCUAAGCGGGAAGGGAAAAAAGAGAAGAAGGAGAAGAAGCGCAAGGAGCAGGAUGUUACCGAAAGCAUGAAUGGGGUUGAGGAGGCCGUUGAAGAGAGGUCCAAGAAGGGUAAGAAGGAGAAAAAGGAGAAAAAAGAAAAGAAGGACAAGGAAGAGAAGAAGGAGAAAAAAGAGAAGAAGGAAAAGAAGGAGAAGAAACUGAAAACUGCGAAUGAGAAUGUUGAGGAGGAAUCCACCAAGGAGACAAACGGCGCCGAACCAGAACGUGAAGCCAACCAGGAACCGGAGGCGAUGGACAUCGACGGCGACGCAGCUGUGACGGAGAAAUCGGGAAAGGAGAAGAAGAAGAAGGACAAAAAGGCCAAGAAGGAGAAGAAGCAGAAAGACAAGGAACAGUCAAAUCCCGAAUCAGACCAACAACAAGAGACAGAAGCUCCUGCGAAGCAGAAGGCUGCCAGAUUCAUUGUUUUCGUUGGAAAUCUCCCCUACUCCGCCAACGCCGAGUCACUGAAAGCGCACUUCGAGAAGAUACAACCGAUAUCCGUGCGAGUGGCCACUCAGCAGGACAAACCCACAAAGUGCCGCGGCUUCGGCUUCGUCGAGUUCGACAAUUACGACCGGAUGAAGACCUGUCUAAAGCUCUAUCAUCACUCCUCGUUUGAUGAUGGAAAGUAUCCGCCUCGGCGAAUCAACGUUGAAUUGACUGCCGGCGGUGGCGGGAAGUCUGAGCAUCGAAAGGCGAAGAUUGAAUACAAGAAUCAGAAACUUGCAGAGGAACGAAAACGCCAGGCCACUGAUACCAAGAAGGAGAAGCCCCAGAAAUCAGAAGGCGACGAUUCCCGGGCAGACCCUUUCGCUGGUAUCCACCCUAGUCGGAGGAUGCGCAUGGCUUGA